GUCUAAGGUUAAUGUUUGUGACAUGGACACAAUAGAUUUAGUGAAUCUAGGAGUUGUUGCCCUUUCUUUUUAGUGAGACUGACUUGAGUUGUCUCCCUUUGGCUGAUAAUGGACUGGUUACUUCCCUUGGAAUUCUAAGAGAAUGGAAUUCUACAGAGUUAUCUGCCUUGGCCACAAGAUACAUGGGUGUUAAAAGUUUAUCUAACCUUGCAACUGUGACAUCUGAAGACAUCACAAUGCUUGGAUCAAUCUUGUGUGGUUUUACUGCCAGUCAGCUUGGUACUUUACCAGCUGCAGAAAUUGGUAAAAGUGGAGUACAUAUUGGUGAGCUAAAAGAAUGUACUAUAGAGCAGUUAUCACAACUUGAACAGUUGUCUACCAAUGUAGAUGCUAAUGGACCAGUGAGCACACUUGAAGCUUCAACAGUUAAAGAUCUGGGAUAUGUUACUGCUGGACUGUCUGCAACUGAGACAGAAAAACUUUCAUGGGAAGUAACAGAGAAACCUGAAGUAGAUGUCACACAAACAACACCAUUUGUGGCGAUGUCAACAGUGGAAUUAAAAUCAUUCGCAGCAGAAGCAGGUACAAAUGGCAGCGGUGGUAGCUUAGCCAUAGGAUUGUUCACACAAAUGUUUGCUAGACUUAGUGUCGCCCUGCUGCUGGUCCUCCUGAUUUGAAGCAGAUGGUCACAUGACCAUUGGACUAUAUUUACUCCUGUUCUGAAAUGGAUAUUUAUUUCAGAUAUAUAAAGUCACAUUCAAUGUCUCAGUUCGUUCAUUUAUUCCUUAUUUAUUUAUUCAUUCAUUUAUAUGUAAUGCUUUGUUUAUUUAAUUGUUUAUACAUGUUCAGAAAUGAAUACAGUUUAGGUUGCGAAAACAAUGUUCUGAGUUCAAUUGUUGUUUCGAAUUAUGCUUAUAAAAUGAAUAUUGGUUAAGAAAACAGUCUAGAAUGAACUUUUAUGACAAGUGUUACCAAGGCAACAAAUACAAAAGGAAAACGA